AUGUCGCGAUACGUCGGGAACUUUGCGCGACCGGAGAACGCGAUCAAGCGCGCGGAGGAGCUGAUCAAUGUCGGGCAGAAGCAGGCGGCGCUGCAGGCGUUGCACGAGAUUGUGACGAAUCGGCGAAACCGGACGUGGACCAAGGUGCUGGAGGAGGUCAUGUUCAAGUACGUCGAGCUGUGCGUGGAGCUUAAGAAGGGGCGAUUGUGUAAGGAUGGGUUGAUGCAGUACAGGAAUACGUGCCUUUUGGUAAACGUACAGUCGUUGGAGGAGGUGGUCAAGCGGUUCUUGAAGCUUUCGACGGAGAAGGCGGAGUCCGCGCAGGAGGAGUUUGGCUCGACGCUCGACGCUGGGGUCGAUCUCGAGUCAGAGUUCACGCCCGAGGCGCUAUUGAUGAAGGCGUACGAGCUCGACCACGAGGCUGAACCGACGGCUGCGGAAGUCGUCACACCGUGGUUCAAGUUUUUGUGGGAGACCUACCGCAACUUGCUCGACAUUUUGCGGAACAACAACAAGCUCGAGGCGCUGUACGCCAUGGUUGUGAAGGAUGCGCUCAACUUUUGCUUGAAGCACAAGCGCACGACCGAGUUUAGGCGCGUGUGCGAUUUGCUCCGAUCGCACUUGAACAACAUGAUUAAGUACAAGGACAUGCGCGAUCGACCGGACCUGACGCUGCCGGAAACGCAGAGCCUGUACAUGGAGGUGCGCUUUGAGCAGCUCAAGGCGGCGACGACGCUUGAAAUGUGGCAAGAGGCAUUCCGUUCGGUUGAAGACAUUCACGGAUUGAUGCUCAUGCUUCGUCGGUCGCCUAAGCCACAAAUGAUGGCGCUCUACUUUGCCAAGUUGACGGAGAUCUUCUGGGUCGGUAAGAACUACCUCCACGCGGCGUACGCCUGGAUGAAGUUGUACUCGGUGAGCAAGAUGUACAACCGAAGCUUGACGCCCGAGGACGAGCGCGCUCUGGCCUCUGGCGUCGUCUUGGCCGCGAUGUCGAUCACGCCUUACAAGGAAAAGUCCAUGUUCGGUGAACUCGAUAGCGAACAGCAGCUCGACCGUGAUUCUCGUAUGGCAAGUCUCCUUGGCUAUUUCGUCGACAGCAACCGCAAUGUCGAUGACGUGUUGUCCCGCGACCUUUUGGUGGCUGAGAUUAAGCGCAGUGGCUUGCUCAACAAGGUUGACGACGAUGUCAAAAAUUUGUACGCGCUCAUGGAGCAAAGCUUCUCCCCGCUCGAUUUGUGCAAGCGCGCCGAUGCUUUGUUCAACAUCCUUGAAGGCACGCAGAUUGAAGUCAGCGAGGCAUCGCCGGUUUCGUCCUUCAACUUCAACUCCUUCUUGCCGCGCCUUCGAGCGCUCGGCAUCGUUCGCAUGGUACACCAGCAAUCCAAGGUCUUCCAAUCUAUGAAGAUCGAUUCCCUCAAGUCGUCGGUGCCGUUCAUGCCGUACCACGAGGUUGAGCGCAUUCUCGUGCAAGCCAUCCGCAACGACUACAUUGCGGUGAAGAUUGAUCACGCAUCAGGAUCGAUGCACUUCGUGGGUGAUCGCCUCGAGACUGGAUUUAUCAAGACGCAUCUCACGCGUGCUGCUCGUCUCUUGCAAGAGGGUAUGAGCAAGAUCGCGCCGAAGACGCCUGCGACCGGUGCCCGGGUUCUCGGCACUGAGCUCCGCGCCGCUGUGGAGGCUGAGCACAAGCGUGCCUUGGCGCGCAAGGUUGUCAUCGAGCGCCGUAAGGAGGAGGCUGAGCGUGCCGCUGCUGAGAAAGAGAAAGCUGAAGAAGCGGCACGACUCGCUGCGCAGCGCAAGCACGAAGCUAACGAAGCCAAGCGCCUCGAGCAGGAAGCUCGCACUCGGGAAGAGGCGAGAAUUCGUGCCGAGAUGGAAGAGAAGGAGAAGCAAGAGGCACUCGAACUGCUCGCCGAGCAAGCCAAACGUACUGGCAAGAAAAUGACGACCACUCUCGAGGAUGGCGUCGUCUUGGACAAACGCGCCAUUAUGCAAGAGGCCAUCCAAGAGCAGAUCAAGGCUCGCCAAGAGCAAGAACGUGCGCUCAACGCCCUCGCCAAGCGCAUGGAUCACGUGGAGCGUGCGAAACGAGAAGAGAGUAUUCCUCUUAUCGAAAAGGCGUACAACGAGCGCUCUGUUGACGAUGAGAAGUACCACGCCGACCAGCAAGUUGCCAUGGCGGCGAAGCAUCGCGCCAAGUGGGAGGCAGAAGUGGUGGAGAAGCAGCGCCUUGCGCGCAUGUCCACCUCUCGAGCUGAGUUUGCUCGCGCCAUCAUGCUUCGCCGUGCCGAAGAAUUCGCCGCACGCGAGCAAGAACACUUGGUAAAACUCGAGAAGGCGAAGAAGCAAAAGGAAGCCGCGCGUCUGCUCCAAGCGAAGAAGGAUUACAUCAAGCGUCUCCAAGACAUUGAAGCGGCGAUCAAGCACGAAAAGCGCGAAGCCGAUCGCGCCGCGCAAGCUGAAAAGCGCCGUCAGCAAGAAGAAGAGGAAGCGGCGAGAAGAGCCAAAGAACAACCGCGCGGCGACGACCGUUGGGGCGCAUUCGCUAGCGCUGCAUUCGGCGAUCGUUCCGACGACCGCCGCCGCGAGGAACCACCCCGAGGCGGCAGCCGAUGGGAGCCAUCGCGCGGCGGCGACCGCGACGGUGGCCGCGGCGGCGGCGACCGGUGGAGUGGCGGCGGUGAUCGCGGUGGUGGUGGUUUCGGUGAUCGACGCGAGCCCUCGGGCGGUAGAUGGGAACGUGGCGGCGGCGGUGGCGGCGACCGUCCGCCCUCUCGAGGUUUCGAGGAUCGUCCGCCGUCCCGAGGCCCUGGUGGCUUCGGCGAUCGUCCGCCGUCUAGAUCUGGUGACGACGACGGUAAAUACCGUCCUCCUCGUCGAGACGACCGUCCACCGUCUCGAGGCGGCAGCCGUUGGUAA